UGCUUCAAAAUUAUUUGAAUAAAAUUAUGGAUAUGACCAAACGCCGACCGGUGCAGAACACUUCUAACGGCUAUGUGCCAUCGUGGAAAUAUUUAAGCGUGUAUUUAAAGGAUGCAGUUGAAUACCACUUGGAUAUCAUCAAUGCCGCGAAUGCAAUAGAAGAUGUUCUCCAUGGGGUUUUUCUGGCAUUUUUUAUGUAUACCUUAAGUUUCUUGUGUGUGAACAUUUACAGAGCGUCCCUCUUAGCAGCAACCAAUGUGGAAGUUCUCUUUAUUGUAGCAGAAUCGUUGAUUGUUUAUUUUCCCACUUUAAUCAUCUGCUAUUACGGGGAGGAAUUGGCCCAUUACAGUGAGCAGGUAGGAACCGUUGCGUACCAGCUGGAUUUCGUAGGCACCGAUCUAAGAUUUCAAAAGAGCUUAAUCUUAAUGAUACAAAGAAGCCAAGAUACUUUGCAAAUCAAAGCGGGACGAAUGAUCGGCGCCACAAUGAACACUGCUGUUUGGAUUAUCCGGUCGGCUUUUUCUGCUUACAUGAUGUUGCGAACUGUUAACACGUAAAAUUACGAUUAUUGGAAGUGCACGUGCACUGCAUUUUUAGUUUGAAAAAAGGAAUUUAGCUCUAUUAAGAAC